ACCUCCCCGGUUCACGGCCACUGACCCCGCGCCUCCUCCCCGGUCUCCGCGGAGGUCCAGGCCUCGGGCGCGAUGGACAUCACGGCCAACCUGAAGUCUUUGCUGCUGGCCAUCAGCCAGUACAAGGCGGUAAAAUCUGAGGCGAACACGACCCAGCUCUUGCGGCAUUUGGAGGUCAUUUCUGGACAGAAACUUACUCGAUGGUUUACAUCAAACCAGAUAUUGCCAAGUGAAUGUCUGAGCUGCCUUAUAGAGCUCCUUGAAGACCCAAAUUUAAGCACUUCACUAACUUUAAGCAUCAUCAAUCUGUUAUCUCAUCUAGCUCUAGACAGUGAUAGCAGAGAGUGGCUCCAGAACACUUAUAAUCUGAAUAGUGUCCUGGCAGGAGUGGUAUAUCGAAGCAGUACUGUCCAUAAUGACUCAGUAUCAUUGCAGUGCCUUCAACUCCUGCAGAAGCUGACCUACAGUGUCAAAGUUUUCCAUUCUGGUGCCAAUUUUGAUGAGCUAAUUACAUUCCUGAUAGGUCAUAUUCAGUCUCCUGAAGAUGAAUUAACAAUGUCUUGUCUAGGACUCUUAGCAAAUCUUUGUCGGCACAACCUAGCUGUUCAAACCCAUGUAAAGUCUUUGAGUAAUGUGAAGACAUUAUAUCGUACUCUCAUUAGUUUCUUGGCCCACAGUAGUUUAACUGUGGUUGUGUUUGCACUCUCAAUAUUAUCGAGUCUAACAUUAAAUGAAGAGGUUGGAGAAAAGCUAUUCCAUUCUCGAAACAUUCAUCAGACUUUUCAGUUAAUAUUUAAUAUUCUUGUAAAUGGUGAUGGUACAUUAACCAGAAAGUAUUCAGUUGACCUACUUAUGGAUCUUCUCAAGAAUCCUAAAAUUGCGGAUUGUCUCACCAGGUAUGAACACUUCAACUCAUGCCUUAAUCAAGUGUUAGGUCUUCUUCAUGGGAAGGACCCUGAUUCUUCUUCAAAGGUUUUAGAAUUACUUCUUGCCUUCUGUUCAGUGACACAACUGCGCCAUGUUCUUAGUCAGGCGGUAUUUGAAUCACCUGCUUCUGGUAACCCAAGACUGGGAAACCAUCCUAAAUCUUUAGAGCCAACAGUUGCUCUGUUACGUUGGUCAAAGCAUCCCUUGGAAGGAUCAGAAAACUGUUCUGUUCUAGCACUGGAAUUGUUCAAGGAAAUAUUUGAGGAUGUCAUAGAUUCUGCCAGCUAUUCCUCUACUGAUCGUUUUCUGACCCUGCUGUUGCCCAGCAUUCUUGACCAACUUCAGUUCACAGAACAGAAUCUUGAUGACCUACUAACAAGGAAAAAAUGUGAAAGAAUGGCUAAGGCCAUUGAUCUUUUGCUUACUUUGUGUGGAGAUGAUACAUUAAAAAUGCAUGUUGCUAAACUAUUGACUACCCUCAGAUGUACAACUCUAAUAGAACAACAGUUUUCAUGUAGCAAGAUUGACAUUGAGUUUGGAACAAAGGUAGCAGAUUCUGAACUUUGCAAACUUGCUGCGGAUGUCAUUUUGAAAACACUUGAUCUUAUGAGUAGACUUAAACAGUUGAUUCCUGGUAUGGAAGUCACUUUCUACAAAAUGCUUCAGGAUCAACGUUUGAUUACUCCUUUAGCUUUUGCUUUAACAUCAGAGAAGAGGGAACAAGUGCAACGUGGACUUGGACUAUUACUGGAAGCUGCACCGUUACCAGACUUCCCUGCCAUAGUCCUUGGUGAAAGUAUUGCAGCAAACAAUGCGUACAGACACCAGGAAGCAGAGCAUGUGCCCAAAAGGACCCAUGUGCAAUCAGUGACUCUGAAUCUUUCAGCAUCUCUGAAGGGCUCAGCUCACCUUUCAAAUGAUAGCAUCUCUGGUUUGAACAUUCAGGACCUAAUACAGAAACUGCAGAUUGGGAUGGAGAUGAAGGAUCUUAUGUCUGAUGUGAGAAUAUCUGACAUAAUGGAUGUCUAUGAAAUGAAAUUGUCUACAUUAGCAUCCAAAGAAAGUAGGUUACAGGAUCUUUUGGAAGCAAAAGCCUUAGCCCUUGCACAGGCUGAUAGAUUGAUUGCUCAGUAUCGUUGUCAGAGAACCCAAGCUGAAUCAGAAGCGAGGACCCUUGCUUCUAUGUUGAGAGAAGUUGAGCGAAAAAAUGAAGAGCUUGGAGUGUUACUGAAAUCACAGCAGGUUGAAUCAGAACGGGUCCAGAGUGAUAUUGAGCAUCUCUUUCAACAUAAUAGGAAGUUACAGACUGUGGCUGAAGAACAUGAAGUGCUAAAAAAGUCCUAUAUGGAACUUAUUCAGAGGAGUGAAGCUUUUGAAAGGAAGAGUAAAGAUUUACAAGUCACAUGUGAUUCUCUAAACAAACAAAUUGAGACAGUGAAAAAAUUGAAUGAAUCACUCAAGCAACAAAAUGACAAAACAGUUGCUCAAUUAAUGGAAACAGAAGAGCAAAGAAAAGAAAUACAGAAUCAGCUAGUGGAGAGAGAAUGUGUAAUAGCAAACUUACAACAAAAAACAAAGGCACACGAGGACAAACUGAGAGCUCUGCAAAAAGAAAGAGAAGAUAGGGAAGAAACUAUUGAAAUUCUGAAAAAAGAAUUAAAUAGAACGGAGCAAGCAAGAAAAGAAUUAAGCAUUAAGGCUUCCUCCCUGGAGGUUCAAAAGGCACAACUGGAAAGUCGUUUGGAAGAGAGAGAAACUCUGGUAAAACAGCAGCAAGAGGAGCUGAACAAGCACUCUCACAUGAUAGCGAUGAUCCACAGCUUGAGUGGUGGAAAAUUGAGUCCAGAGACAGUGAACCUCAGCCUCUAGCGCUCUGGCCGGAGGCUUGUGGUCUCAUGGGGGGGUGUGUGUGUGAGUGUGUGUGUGUGUGUGUGUGUGUCUGUGUGUCUGUGUAUGUAGGUAUUUAUCUCUUGCUCCCCCCCCCCAAAAGGUCAGUAAUGACUUUAAAAUGACAAGGAAAAUUAUUAACUAUUUUCAGUCUAGUAAAGAACCUGAUAUAAUCCAUGUGUAUAAUGUUUGACCUUUUGAGUGGAACAAAUUAAAACACUUUUCUGAUGAUUUUAUUUUGACCAAACUGAGAGGCAUCAUGGCAUAGUGGAUAGAGGACUGGCCUUGGAGUUAGGAAGACCUGAGUUUAGGUCCUGCUUUUGACACAUAUUUGCUGUGUAACCUUGGGCAAGUUACCUAACCUCUCAGUGCCUUCCUAUAGAAGUCAUAGAAUAUGAAUUAUAAACAAUCUACAACAGCUUUCCACUGAUGAAAUUACAGGUCUGGAGCAAAAAAAGAAAAAAAAGGUUGACUAUGGAUGCGGAAAUUGCUGUUUUGACUGUAUACUUAUAUUUUCUUCCCUUUCUACAUUUUUUAAUGCGUUGCUCUAAAUAUAAUUUAAACGCAUAUUUUUAUCUCUAGUCAAGGCAUAUAAAUUUAAAAUAUCUUAGAAUUUUCACCAAAUCAAAUGCAUUUGAACAAUUCAUAAAUUAUACCAUGUUAGCCUAGUAAUGGCUAUUUUAAGAUAUAAGGAAUAUAUACAUAUAUGUAUUUAUGUGCACACAUAUAUACAGUUUUUAAACUUAUAUGGCAUUGAUGUCUACAGUAAGGUGCUUUGAAAAAUAUUCUAUAUAUGUAUGCUGUGUUGUUCUUGGUGAACAUAUUUAGAGAAAGUUUGCAUUUUAAAUGUAUGUAUUUUGUUUAUUACACAAAAACCAAAUAGAAUUACUCUUGACCAGAGUUUUGCCCAAGGCCUAGGGAGAAAAAAAGCCCAAGGCAUUAAGAAGAAUCAAUCAUUGAGCUUCAGCAGAAUUUAAAGGAUUAACUAGCUCAUAUUCUGUACCACUCUGGGUUUAACUCUUAUACUAUCAUACUUUUAACUCUAACUUCCAUGACUAUUUCCCCCAAGUUUUUCUCAUUUCAGAAAGGGAUAUAUCUAAACCACAUGAGAUGGUAGUUUCCUUUUUCUGUAGAUUUCAGGGACAGAGAUGCCACAUCCUUUUUUGGUAGGCCAUGGGUCUUCUGUGUGCCACAAUUUCAGCUCAUUUCUCCCUGUUGUCUUUUCAUUAGGUGAAGGUAAGCUUUUGAUGUGUAUAAUAUUAAUCACUCCUUAUCUUCCCCUACCCACUUCUUUCUGAUUUUUCUAUCCUUUGUUAGGAUCCUCUCUUCUGUUUUCAAAGAGACCAAAAAAAAAAAAUCCAAAUGUAUGUUGGUUUUGUGUUAUGAUUUUCAGUUACUUCUACACUUGAAGGCAGCAUCAACCAAGUCAAACAUUGGUUUUAACCAAAAACGGUUUUGUUUUGCAUGCAUCCUAUAGCUCAGACUUCAGUUUUAUAUUUUCUUAUCAGUAAUAUUUUUAAUAUUUUUGAAUAGUUAAAUAUAAUAUUUUUCUAAAUUUUCCUCUUGUAUCCCUUUACUGAUAACUACGAAUUCUUCCAUGUUUUCAGUGGUUACUUGAUGAAAACAUUUGCAAAAAAUAUUGGUAGAUUGGCAUGGCCCAAAUGGUUUGAAAAAAUGUUUCCUGCCCAAAAAAACCAUCAAAACCCCUCAGUAAUGAUUUCUUUGUCAGUAUUUGAACUAAUAACAACACAGCUCCUAUUACCUUCUUAAUAAUGUUAUCAGUGUUAAAACAACUUUAUUUUUGUCUUUAAAAGAUGAGAUUUUUUUUCCAAUAUGACAUUUCUCUCUUUGGCACUUCUGACACCUACUCCAUUGGUAUAUUUAUAUUAGAGGUUAAGAAGCACUCAUCAGAAACAUCAUAGGGAAAAAUAAUGAUUCAGUUUAUGCCUUAUGAUUCUAUUUGCAUGGCUGUUGUGAGGACUUAUUGUAUUUUUAGAAGCCCUAGUAAAUGAAAAAUGUCCUCUGAUUUUCCCUAGGCUUGCUUUAGAUCCCAGAUACUAACCCUUGACUUAGUUGCCAGUAUUUCUAAUCAAGGUUAAUGCCUUGUUUUAAGUAUUACCCUUUAAAAUAAAUGUGUAACUAUAAUCAUAAUUAAUUACUUUGUUCCUGUUGUAGAUAGUAUGUGGUAUUUAAGUUUUGGGUUUUUUUUUUUUUUAGAAGAACAGACUCAAAUCACAUACAACCUUAUUAGCACUUUUGUUGAAUUCUUUCUUACCCCAGAGAUAUGAAAAUUUAAACUAAUCCUUAAUUUGAGGUGAUUAUAUUUAGGGCAGUAUAUUUUGAAGUCAGUAGGUAUAGACCUUUUAGUUGCAUUUUGAUGUCUUGGAACUUCCACUCCUGAUCUGAAAUGGGGACACAGCAGACAUAAAUAAAGCAUGUCUCUGAUCACAGUUUAUUUCAAGGAAGCCUUCUCAUUUCCUUGUGGUAGCCCUGAGGUUCCAUGAAAUAAGGUGAAAAGCAAUGGCUUAGUUGGCAAACAUGGCAGGAAAAGUUUCUUAGCCUAUUCAUUGACCUGAUUGUAAUGAUAAGGCUGAAUUGCUAGAAAAAUCAUUUUGCUGCUUUAAGCAGGCAUCUAGCCUGUACGUAUCUUCAUGUUCUUUAUCCCUACUCAUUCUGUAGUUGGAAUUCCAGGAUAUAAAAAGCAUUGUAGUAAAGUUAUAUGAUAUCAGAAUUUAAAAACCACUGAAGUGGAUCAUAGUCUUUCUCUAUUCUUGGUAGUUAGAGAAGUGUAGUAAUUGGUUUUUAUAGUUAUCAAGAUACCGAGGAGUUGAUACCAGGGAAUCGCAGGUUUCUCACUUUUGGAAGUUUCUUUCAAAAAGUCGGUUGGGAUGCAAUUCGGUGACAACAAGCCUCCAUUAUAUCUUUCAGAUGCAUGUUUAUUUUCAUGGGCUAUAUGCAAUUCUAAACAUCAAAUUCACUGCAUAUAAGCUGAAAUUUGCUCCCAUUGGGGAUGGCUUUUUGGUACUUAAAUCAAUAGACUUAAUCAUAUCACUUCAAAAUAAUUUUAUUAUGUUUUGGCAAUAUUUGUAUGUCUCCAUUAAAUCUGUGAUUGAAAUUGUGUUUUCAUCAGGCAUUUUGUAGUAGUGGUGUUUAUAAAACUGCUGACUUGAAGGUAGAUGUUAAGUUUAUAGAUAAUAUGCCAGAUAAAUGGUACUGAGAUGUUGAAGAGAAAAUUAAAUGUUUUAUAGAAAGAGAACAUUUCAGAAGUUCACAUCAAGUUUAAUGUUCUCUUUUCAGGAAAAGUUUCACAGAGCAGAUUGGCUUGAUCUAGCUAUCUCAAUCACUGACUAGAAUUUUUCCCUUUCUAAAUACUUUUUACCCAACCGAAUAACAUUUAAUUUAUUCUCCAUUAUUCCCUGGCCUCUUCCUGAAAUGUUGUAUCCUAAGAAGAGAAGAAGAGCAUGAUAAAGUUUCAUCACCUCACUACUGAAAUCCUUAAGGCUUUGUAUGAAUUUGAAAUAGCUAAAAUAUAACUUAGAAAGUUAGAGGGUUUUUUUUGUUUCCCUGAGGUCACUGACUUUUAGCAUAGUGCCCAACAUUCCAAUGCACAUACGAGGAUGUUUCCAUCUCUGUGAUUUAUCCAUGCAUAGUAGAUAAGUCUGCAGAUCCACAUAACUAUUAACUUGUAGGUAAAAAUUUUAGUUAAGACUAGAAAAUUUAAAAAAAAAUUAAAACCAAACCUGUAGCCAAAAGUAGAAUUAAGAACGUUAGUUCACUCUCUUGGGAUGCGUACUGGCUAAAUGAUUGGUAACAGUGGUCCUUUAACACUGAUUAAAGGGAAAAAUUUGGGACUGGUAUUUCCCUCCUUUCUCACCAUACCUAUAUGGAAAACUUCUUUACUGACACUGUAAAAUAAUAGCCUUUUUCAAUAAACAGGAUCCUCUUUAAAUGUUUCAU